AACCGGAACAUUCAAGCGCAAAUGAUAAGAUUGAUAAAACAAGCUUACGUAUUCUAAUAGACCGUACACUGAUAAGUGAAUCGCACACGUGAUUAUACGACAUUGGAUCAACAAUGGAAUCCAAUGCAUUAAGAUUGUUUUUCGGCAUUACGUUAACAAUAUGCGGCAUAUUUUUCACCUGCAGGGUCUCACAUUGCGAGGCUACGCCGCGCGAUAAAAUGCGCGCAGCGCAGGUACGCCAACAGUACGCCAUGUACGUAUGGACCACGGGGUUCGAUCCCGCGGUUUCGGGUUGCACCAGAACGAAGUUCAUGGAGUGGGACACCCACGGAAUCUGCUUCACGCACACGUGGAACAAUGAGGCGAAGCGUGCGUGGCUCUGGAACACGUGUAAUGUCGCGGGAAGGGAGGUGUCGCUGGUCUUCAUCAGUGACGUGCACCGCAACCUACAGCGUGCAAAGGAAUCUGGCGACUGCUCAACCGCGGAGAUCGCCACAGUUCGCACUAUGUUGAGCGAGGGACAUGCAAAGGUUCCCAAUCUGAAGAUAUACGGGCUGUACGCUGUAAGUGAUAUAGAAGUCACAGAGAGACAGCUGGUACAGUACAUCGUCUACUACAAUGACCAAUGUGCAAGAAACAUAAGCGAGCGCUUCGACGGCGUCGCAAUCAAUAACGAGGCAUACGCCGGAAUAAAGUGCGGAUCAGACGCGGAACGCAUACUGUACCUGGAACGCUUACGGGAAAUAACGAGCGAAGCCGGAAAACAGACACACGGGCGGCUUUUAACGCACUACUCAAUGAGCUGGCACUGGGGUCAAUGUCAUGGGGCGCCUAGUAACAUCACGUGGAACGGUCACACAUAUGACGUCAGCCAUCAUAUGAUCGACAUUUUUGAUAGCACUGACGUUCAGGUCGGGUACACAAUCUUUCCUCAGAUAUCCGACCGGAUGAAAAUAGCCGGCUAUAGCUACGCACUCGCCACUGGGAAGAAAAUAUACACCACCGUCUAUACAAACAAGGAGUCGCCCUGCCAAAUAACGUUAUUUCCCAACCCAGCCUGUCACCAAGGCGACCACAGCGAGCAGGGGAUGUUCGCAGUGUUUGACCAGCUUGCAAAUCACGGCAUAGGCUACGCCCUCCCAUGUAUUCAUUACUUCCGGGGCGUGUACAGCAGCGGUGGGGGCAGCGACUGGCCGUCCCACAGUCAAACAGGACAUAUUGUUGGUUAAGGCACAGCUGUUGAUGUAUUUCUGAGUCCAAACUGUAAUAAUUGUAAUAUUAAUAAAUAUAGAGCAAU